GACCGACCCGCGGUAUCCCAGCAUGCCUCUACCCCAGUUGGCCAAUCGUGAGCUUCCCCGAUCGGUGCCUCUUGAUGAUGCACACGGAAGCGCCGGUAGGCCCCGCCUCCCGGAGAAGAGGGACCUGCCCGGAGCUUCCGGGACCCCGGUGGCGGCAACCAGUACCGGCGGACUCAGGUACCUCUCGGAGUUGGACUUGAGGCCGGAGGCCCCAGAUCCCGCGAGCCCAAAUGCCUGUCCAACCUCCGAGCAAAGACACAGAAGAAAUAGAAGCAGAGGGCGACUCGGCUGCUGAGAUGAACGGGGAAGAGGAAGAGAGUGAGGAGGAACGGAGCGGCAGCCAGACUGAGUCAGAAGAGGAGAGCUCAGAGAUGGACGACGAGGACUACGAGCGGCGCCGCAGCGAGUGUGUCAAUGAAAUGCUAGACUUGGAGAAGCAAUUCUCAGAGCUGAAGGAGAAGUUGUUCAGGGAGCGGCUGAGUCAGCUGCGCUUGCGGCUGGAGGAAGUGGGGGCUGAGAGAGCCCCAGAGUACACGGAGCCUCUUGGGGGACUGCAGCGGAGCCUUAAGAUUCGCAUUCAGGUGGCAGGAAUCUACAAGGGCUUCUGUCUGGACGUGAUUAGGAAUAAGUAUGAGUGUGAGUUGCAAGGAGCCAAGCAGCACCUAGAGAGUGAGAAGCUGCUGCUCUAUGACACACUACAGGGGGAGCUGCAGGAGCGGAUCCAGAGGCUGGAGGAGGAUCGCCAGAGCCUGGACAUCAGCUCCGAGUGGUGGGAUGACAAACUGCAUGCCAGAGGCAGCUCCAGGACCUGGGACUCACUGCCACCGAGCAAGAGGAAGAAGGCACCUCUCGUUUCUGGCCCUUACAUUGUGUACAUGCUGCAGGAGAUUGACAUCCUGGAAGACUGGACGGCUAUCAAAAAGAGGCAGCAGGGAGUGGAAAUUGCCAAGCCAGAGGUGGGCUCUCACAGGGAGGCUUUUCUUCUCCCCAUCCAGGCCAGGGCAGCAAUGUCCCCUCAGAAGAGAAAAGCAGAUGGAUUGUGACCCAGCUGUUCACAGCCAGGGAUCCCUUGGAACAGCUGGCACCACACCCAGGACUCGAAUUUUCCUGCAAAAAGGCUCCCUGGCAUCCCCCAGGGGCAGCCCUCCGGACUCUCCAGUGCUGCUGCAGGCGCCCCCUCCAGCCAUCACUGGUCUGGACUCCUCCUUAGCCUGUACAGCUGUGGCCCUGGAGCUGACCUGGCCUCUCAAGACUACUGUCUAUCCCUUAACCACCCCACCCCACAGUGUCAGUGACAAAGGAGAUGGAAUUUGUUCUAAGCCAAAGCAGCAUUCCUCCUGGUGACCUCAGACAUGGGGACCCCAGCCACUAAACCAGGAGCUGGGCCCUACAGCACAGGAACUCUAAAUCAGAAAUGUAUGUUGAGGGCCUGUCUGCCCUGGCUGGAGCUGGAGGUGACAGUCAGGCUCCCCAGCUUUUCUCAGGGCCAUUCCUGGUGUCUGUUUCCCAGAUUUCAGGAACUAGAAUUAAAACCUUUUCUGGAA